ACUAAUUAUCGUGCAUGGGACAUCACCGUGUCUUUUACUUAAGGAUAAAAAAAUUAGCAAUGAAUUCUUUUAGCAGACAGAAAAUAUAGUAUCAAGAAAAGAAAGUGAUAGAAGAAAAUAACAACUGGAAUAACAGAUUUAGAUUUACUGGUAUGUGUUUCAUGGUGUGUGAUUAUUUGAAAAAAAAAUAUCAUAACGUUGAUGUUAUUCAAACGGAUGAAUUAAUGAAUUCAAUUGUAUAGACUAAAUGCAACAUAAAAGUGGAUUGUUAUUUUAGACGACUACCUCGCGGUGAAUUUUGUUUUAAGAAUUUGAACAUUGAACUUGAUCUUCGUAGAAAUGAUUGGAAAACGGCGCAGGAUUUUCGUGAGUGGAUUUUUUCUAACGCUCACUCUUCUGUUCGGGAUUUUGUACUUCGAGACGAUGUCCCCGGCACGCAUUAAGCAGCUUCACGACAUAGCCAACAAGAGUUAUAAAAAAAUGUUGAACGACAGCUUGAAAGGAGCCGCGGCUAAGGGAAAGUCUGCAGAAGGAAAUUCGUUGAUCUCCUCGCUCGAUCAAGCAAUCGCCCAUGCUUCCAACAAUUCUAACAACGCCAAAAAAGAUCAAGUCUCAGAUCUUGUUCAAAAUCUGAAGACGUAUCUUGAAGCUAGCAAAAGCGAAGUGUCGCAGCCAAAAGACCCAGCGCCCAGUAAACCCCCUGAGGAAAACAAGCCUGCGGUUGUUGAAGAAUACCACAGGGAGCCUGAACCCUAUAACCUGAAAGCGGAACCCAACCCUGCUCAGUUUUAUGACGUCAGCGUACCCGUACCGGGAGACAACUCUCGUCAGAUGACGAUUGGUAUUUCUAAACACUACCAGCUGAACCGCAUAACUCACAGCUGGGCGGAGAAAGAUCGCUUCAGCCCUCACGAGAAUGCGCUGUUUGCUCUACGCAGGUACCAAUCCCCGUGGCUUCUCCAGUUCCGACCGCCAAUCCCCAUCGAUUUCAAAAGUUCCAUCUGCAAAGGCUCGCCGCCGUUUUUACUCAUUGUAAUCCCAUCGUCGCCGACGAACCGCAUGUCGAGGAUGGCCAUUAGACAAACAUGGGGGAGCGUGGGCAGCAGCGGUGCUUGGCCGCACAGGAAAGUCAACGCCAAGGUGCAGGUGCUGUUCUCUAUCGGGCACGAAGUCAUCUCCCCCAACCUCCACCACUUGAUCCGGCUGGAGAAAGACAAAUACCAGGACAUUUUGGAGUUCAACAUGACUGAAGACUACCGCAAGCUGACGGUCAAGAUGCUGGGGAUACUACGCUGGGUCAACACAAACUGCCCGGGGGUCGGAUUUUUCCUGAAGGCGGACGAAGAUUCCUUCAUCAACGUGCCUCUGUUUGUUGACUAUCUGUUAAUAAAUCAAAAAAGUUUGUCACGGUCGGUGAUGGGAGCGAUGUACAACGCUCCCCCUGUCAGACGCUGGGGGAAAUGGCGGGUCUCCAUUCUGGAAUAUCCUUUCCAGAGAUUUCCUACGUACGCGUCCGGGAGCUCUUAUCUCAUCGCUGGCAACGCCAUUGGGGACAUAAUAAAAGCGUCGGAGUUUUUCAUUCCCAUCGCCAUUGAGGAUGCCUUUAUCACUGGGAUCUUAUCCAAAGCCGCGGGCAUCACGAGGUACCACUGCCCCGCCAUGGCGAUGAUGGGCGAGGUCACGUGGAGUAAAGGGGUGCCGCCCAUGUGUGAUUUCCUGGCCAGUCGUCUGGCCAUGACGGACUGCACGGUGGAGAUCUUUGACCGGAUAUGGCUGGCGUCUCAGGUCGAUUACUGCGGGACUCAUGAACGCUGGGGUCUCGAGGACAUUGGCAACCAGUGGACGUUUAAACGUGUCAGUUACUAGCUCAAUUUAUCGUGAAAAGCAUUCUACAAACAUUUAGAAUCCAGUAUUUAAUUUUUUGAAGAUUGUAAAAAUAUGGAGUAGCAAUUUUGUUGGUGGGUUGGUUGUUUUGUUAUUUAAUUAUUGCUUUUAUUUGGAGAAUUAUGGGAAAAAAAGUAAAAUUAACAUGUGUGCUUGUAUAACGGCAAUAUUUUUAUGAGCAUAGCUAUUUUCUGUCUGCUGUAUGUAUGAUAACUGUAAAACAAGCAAUACCGUAUGGGGUAAUCACAUACAUUUUAGCAUAAUAAAAAUGUCCAGUUCUGUCCGAG